UUUGCCAGUAUUUGCUUCAUUGAGCACCAGGCAUCUAUCCUCGUCAAACCAUCGACUAUGUAUAUGCUUUGAAUAUAGGCACCUUUCCCCAACUAACUCAGUUCACAUCAGACAAUCGAAAAUGGAAGCAACAAUAGACCUAGGCAGAGCCGAUUUCCAUUCCUCAGACUCAACUUCGACUCUCACAAUGAAUGUCUCCAUAUUCAUACAAUCCCGCAGAAGACCCCAAAUUGCCGCACGCGACAUGCAUCUCAUACAUCUCAUGACCAUGAGAAUGGCUUGGGUGACUGAAGCACCAGAGAUCAAACUGAACUUAUUCAUCAAUGCUCAUAACAUACCCAAUGUCACCGUCUCCACAUUUGUGCCAGUUGUGGGGGAGAUGCUCUGCAAUGCAAAGCUCUGGAAAGAAUUAGGCUUGGUUAUCAUGUACAAAAGCUGCGAAUAUUUCGAUCAGAAAACCCCCCCGAGCUUUCAAUUAGCCUUUGGAAUUGGAAGAUCGCUCACACAACCUGCUCUCUUACCAACAGUGAGCCGCAGAGUUCCAAGGGCUAUGCAGACACCAGGGGAUCUUAUCCCUCCGCCAUACAUCGAGACUAUCAGUAUAUCUACAAUCAACAUAAAUCUAGAUUUCAUGCCCACAGAUCCCGAAGUGCAGCCACAUCCUCCCGCGCUGAUCAUGGCGAGUCUCGGAGAAAUGGCAUGGAAAGCACCGAGUCCUGAGUUCGAAGAACUGGUGCUAGAAUCUACUACCUUCCAGUCUUCAGAGCUCGACAAAGGGGACAUUCCGGAAUUCUCUGAUACCAGAGAUUUCACAGAAGAGCUUGCAGAUAUGGAUAAUAGCCCGGACAGCACCGUCCUCUCAAGCCCUCCCACAGAACCAGCAGCUAGAAGCUGCAACGCCAACCACCAAGCGUUACAUCACCUACUUCGUGCCGGAUUGAGCUACCUGUUGAUUGGCAACAGUCAUGAGCAAGGACAAACAGAGCCGGAUCCAGCGACGGUACAAUUGCAAAGUCUUUCAAGAAUGGCGCCGUCAGUCUUUAGCCCUGGGUACAGUAUGUGCCAACGUUCGCUGCUUAUCACAUCGCUCGUCAAGUCCCUGACAUCCAUGUUGAAGCUACCCAUGAAUCAUUCUUUGCGACAGAUUGUCAGCAGUAUGAAGGUCGCAUACGUACCGGACAGUCUCCCAUUGACGGCAGUAGAUAUGGGAAACAUUAUCCACGCGGCAUUCUGGACUCUUGCUCAAAAACAACUCUACAAGGCAGAAGCCUCACAGAAGCUGAGCCGAUUGGACGAGAUCAAUCCUACAGACUUGGACGAAGCAUAUGCUCAUGAAUCUCUCCUAAUAACUGGUUCGACGGAAGAGGUCCCGAACUGUUUCAACCACGCUGCUACCGAGAAAGUCGACAUGGCUUCUGAGGACUACUUAGGCACUGAGGACUAUUUCGAGCUUGAUUGCACAUCCCAGACAAACUCUCUCUUAUCAGUUGAUGAGAACUGUACAUGUUCUGUCAAUGAGAGGUCGUGGGACACCACAGAAAGAGGUUCAAUGGAGCCAGCCAUUGCGAGCCAAUCGCCUUGUCCAGGUUUUCUAGCACUCAUAUCCGACAUUGAAGAUUUCGAAGAAGAUGAUGACAUGAUGUAUAAGAUUCUAUGAUCAC